AGCUUCGCCGUGGAAUUCGAUCCCUCAAGUGGGAGCAGCAGUUUUCCUUUGAAAUUGUGUAAAAUUUAGCUGCCUGAGAUGUGUUUCAAAACUAUUUAGCCAAAAGGUUAGUCUUGAGGUUUCCCCUUCAAGACAAUGUAACAACGCUCCCUAACAACGAUUGAAAUAUUCGCAAAUGUCGCAUCUAGUGAUGAGGCGUUGGGUUCUGCUGCUGUUCCUUCUAUCUGCAGCAGCGCCGAUGCGUUCGGCACCCCUCAGCCGAGCAGAGGGGAAAACAGUGCCCUGGGAUUUGCUGCCGGAGGAGCGAGAGCGGCUGCCGGAGGAGGAUUGGGAAUGGGUCCAGCCAGAAGCGACAACGGCAGACCCAUUCCGGUUCCCAUACCUUGAUUUUGUUGACAACGGAAGUCCUUCGCCAAAAAGGAAAGCUGCGGAAAUGGCAAACGAAUUGGGCGACUCGACAAUGGCGGACUAUUUCCCGCCGUUUCCGGAGCUCAUGAGCCGCGAAUGGCGUCAGCGCCAGGAGAACUACAUCAAACAGUUGCUGGUUCUGCAGAAGUGGCAAUCUCCGCCAAGGCCCAGAGCCAAGCCCAAGCGGUCGCCCAUACAUUGGCCCUUCGAUGGCCCCACGGGCAGUCAGGAGAAUGUGGAGCAACCGCCGGCAGGAGAACCGCGCUAUCCGUACGCCUACUUCUGGCCCAACGGACAGCGGCCCGGCAAGCGCAAGAACCAGUUGCAGAUGCAGUCUCUCCGGUACAUGCCCUCGAUCAGUGCUGGAGCCAUGACCAAUCUGGGCAACUUCUUCAACCACCUUGAGGAGAACGUGCGCUUCGCGGAGCAGUCGCAGCUGGGGGAGUCGGAGGCCCGCCUGCUUGAGGGCAGGCAUCCGCAUCCGCUCCAAAUGAAAGCACCCCUCAAUGCGACCGACGACAGAGUCCAGAAGCAGGAGCAGGACCAGAAGACCUCGAAGCUGCUGCAUGCCAUACGCACCUAUCGACCCUCGCAGAAGAUCCGCUCGCUGGUGUCGCGCAAUCCGCAGGGCUAUCGCGGCUCGCAGCUCAUCGAUCCCAGCUACAUGUGGCUGGGUCUGGGCAAAUGACAGUAACGCCGCCCAAUGCCCGGUGACUGGCCCUAAAAAACCAUAAAGUGUGCAGCUGCUUUUUAGUUGUAGGCCGCCCCGCGUUAUUGUUUGUUUUUAGCCGGUGUAUAAAAUAUAUUUAAAGGUAAUCAGCAAAAAUGGCAAAAA